AUGAACAGAGAGGCGCGAGAGGCCCGAAUGCGGGGCGCGGGAACGCGAAAAGUUGCGCCCGUGAAGCUCGUGAUUCAUGGAACUACGCCAGGCAGUGGAUCUAGUGCUACGGGAGGAUUCCGAGAACAACAAAAGGAGGCCCAGACACCUACUCCGUUUGAGCGCAAUCAGAGGAGGCGUCAGACGGAUGUCUUACCCAUGGUUGGCGAGGUGGAAGACAUACGAGAUGGAGAGGGAGAUUUGGCUGGAACAGUUCAAACGGAACCAGCGAUACCGUACACUCUGCCGGUGCGACCAGUGUCUACUUCGCCACCGGAAUUCAAUCUCACUCAAGACUUUGAAGAAUCACCGCCUGGACCCGAAGCUGUUGACGAAGAUGCAGUUGAUCUGAGUGUUCAACAUCACGAGCAGUUUGACGUGAGCGAUUCCGACGAGGAGUUUGUGCCUGCAGUGGUUUCUGACGUGGAACUGGAGCACCCGCGUCCACCCAGUCCUCCUCGACAAUCUCAGGCCACCAGAGGCAACUACGCGGACCGAAUCAAAACAUUCACUGCUGAAGAGGCCCCGGAGGAGACUCCGGCGUCGUCCAGAAACAGAAGCAGCGUGAGACCGCCCAGAAAGAAGAGAAACAAGGGAAUUGCGCUGGAGGUGACGCAACUUGACACGGACGAGCCGGAAUUCUCUCCCCGAGUCACCAUGGUGGACUUUGUCAGUCAAAUGGUUCUGGAGACGCUGGACCAGGAGCUGGGCAAAGACGUGGACGAGGAGCAACGAGAGGUGAUUGAAAAGUACAAGGCCGAGCUCAAUAGCAGGUUCCUGGAGCUCUGUGAUAUCAACAAUGCAGUGUACAUGCAACGGGCUCGUGUGGCCAAGCUGAUCCGGACGAAAAACACCGCCCAGGAAGCUCUACUCAAGGUGAACGAGAAUCUCAAUGGUGCGCGGGUGGAGACUGAUCGAAAGAGUCGUGAAUACGCCGCCAAAAAACGUACCUGGGACGAUACUCGGCUUGUCAACGAGUUUUUGCAUGAUGUGCAAGACGUCAACAACAGUCUGCGAGGAGUGCACUCUUCUGGCGUGAUAAUGACGCCUUCCGUGUUUGAUAAGCUAGCUCAUAUCGAGGAACAGACCCAGUUAUUGGGUAAACUCCGUCAACUCAAUGGACUGUUGGAGUUUGCCAGUCAGAAGCUGUCCUCCUAG